UAGCUAUGACCUCAUCAAUGACUUAGAUCUAUGACAUAGUUCUAUGUCAUAGAUCUAAGAACCUCUGAGGCUAUAAAAACUUGCAUCUCAAAACCUCAGUUUUCAGUUGCAAUUCUGUUUAGCCAUGUCUUUGGAUCUGAAAGCGAUUGGAACGACAUUUUUCUUUCCUGUGUCUUUUGGGCUUGGUUAUUUGGCCAGCACAGCCAUCAGGAAAACAUUGAAUGUUAUCCUGCCAAACCUACAAUUUGGAAUGCCAUCUAAGGAUGAGGACCUGGAUGUCUUUGAUUCCUUCCUCUUCAAUCCUUCUCCGGCUGGAGAAGAGAGUGACGAGGAUAGACUUCCCUACCAGGAAGAGUGGCCGGAUGAUUUCAAUUCUUUUCUCUUCAAUCCUUCUCCGGCUGGAGAGGAUUGCUCAGAGGAUAAUCAUCCCUCUGCACAAUGGAUGGAUGAUUAUGAUGUGAUAGAUGCCUAUCUUUUCAGGCCUCCUCCACCUGCGACGCAAACUUCUCCGGCUGGAGAAGUUUGCGUCGCUUCAACCAAAGAUGAAGCGAAAAUCAUCAGUGUGGAAGAGACUCCUCAGCUAGGAGUCUCUGAUCUAAACAAAGAAAAGCUGGAAGAGCCGACCUCUUCAAGAAAAGAUGAAGUGAAAGAUAUCAGUGUGGAAGAGACUCCUCAGCCAGGAGUCUCUGAACUAAACAAGGAAAAGCCGGAAGAGCCGACGUCUGCAACAAAAGAGGACGUAAAAGACAUCGGCGUGGAAGAGACUCCUCAGCCAGGAGUCUCUGAACUAAACAAGGAAAAGCCAGAAGAGCCGACAUCUUCAACAAAGGAGGACGUAAAAGACAUCGAUGUGGAAGAUGUAAACAAAGAGAAGCCUAAAGAGCAGAAAGCUUCUCCUCCAUCAAAAAGAGCCCUAGAAGAUUGGACUCAAAAGGAUUCUUUUAGUUUUCUUCCAAAACAAACUUCCCCGGCUGGGGAAGCUUUGAAGAUUAGGAGGUUUUCACCUCUACCUCCCCCACCACCUGUGGAAAUUUGGGAUGAUAAGAAGGCAGUGAAGAGAAGAUACCUACAAGAGACAGAGGAGGUUCCUUUCACCUGAACCUAAACCUAAACAGAG